AUGGCUGCCAAGAAACUUGCCAGGGAUCACUUCAGCUUCUACUGCUGGAUCCUUUGCGUAGUCGCCGUCCUGAGUCUUUCGGGCUUCGUUUCGUGGAUAUGCCUCACUCCGCGCAAUCCAACUUUCGGGCUUUUCUUACAUCCUGGGAAUGCAUCAUCGCCUAAAAGCUCGAUGAUCAUCGACCUCGAAGUCACCAAUCCAAACAAGCGUAUGGGGGUUUAUUACAAUGAGAUCAUGCUCGAAAUACUAGGAGGUGGUAAUUUUAGCAUCCGGAGGAAUUCCAAUCCAGGUUUCUACCAGGGAUUCGGAAAUGUUACUACAUUGCCGAUUCAUGUCCAUGACAGCGGAGAGCUUUGGCAGGGGACUAUGGAUUUGGUAAUCAAAGUGGAAACUGAUGUCUGGUUUAGGAUUAUGAAAUGGAAGACAAAAACACACCAUAUCGAAUACAAAGAACGAUUCAACAGUUCGAAGAUCAGUGGUGUCAACGAGGCUUUUUCCGGAGUAAAGAAUGUAGAUCUGCAAAAUGCGACGCGAAAUGGAGCCGGAAAUUGA